AUGGAACCCGCCGAGAAACGCAAGCUCGAGGCCGAGGCCGAUGGCGAUGAGCCAUCAUCCAAGAAAAGGGUAAUUGGCCCAUCCAUGCCCCCGCCGCAACCCUCAGAUGCCAACGGGGGCAGUAACGAGGACUCCCAUUCCGACAGCGACAGCGACAGCGACGACGACGACGACUUCGGACCCGGUCUCCCACCAUCGCUCGGUGGUGCAAAGCCCACUCAACAAACACCCGUUCAAUCUACCCCCCAAGUAUCAGAAGCUCACAAGAAAGAGAGUCAGCGGGACCAAUGGAUGCUACAACCACCCAGCUCGAGCGACUGGGCCUCAAAAAUCGAUCCGACCCAACUUCGGAAUCGGAAGUUCCAGACUGGAAAGUCUGCGCGAGCACCCGGAUCGAAACAGGUGGAUGCUACAUGGGUUGAGACCCCAGAGGAGAGGAUGCGCCGACUACAGGACGAAGUGAUGGGCGUUGGUGCCGCUCCAAACCGCACAGAGCAACGCCCUUCGAGCACAAAGGAUGUGGCCCGGAACAAGGAAAUGGAAGAAAAGAUUAAGAAGUUCAAUGUAUGCCCGACUAUACCAGGGGAGAGUGCGAGUGGACCGUCUUCAAACUUCCAUGUACUAAUCAAGAUCAUCCAGGAGCAAUCGGGGAAGAACACACGCCUUGAGAAAGAGCGACCUGCUCGGAAGGAGGAAGAGGAUGAUCCGAGUGCGCGUGCAUUUGACCGAGAGAAGGAUAUGGCAGUUGGGUCAAAGAUUACAAGUGCGCAACGGCGGGAAAUGGUCAGCAAAGCCAGUGAUUACGGGUCGCGUUUCUCGAAAGGAAGCUAUCUCUAA